CCUCCCGCCCAGGCGGGGGUGGCCUUGAGGACUGGUAGGAGUAUACUGACACUGUGGGGACGUCCCGAGGGCGCAGGCGGAUCCCCACCUGCUGCAGAGCUUCGGCUGCUGGGUUCUGAAGCCACCCAAGCGGUGGAGCGAAAGAUCUGGAAUAGAGGGGCACACAGUUUGGCGGUUAGAUAGGAGAGUGGGAUCCACGCAGGAAGGAAACAUCUGGUGGACAUGUGGCGGCAGCGCGGCUCUGGAGUUCUCCUCUUGAGCGCCUUGCCUUCAGCUCCUGAAUUCCCAGCCUCAGAUGACCAGGGGAAGCCUGGCCGGCCACGGUGCCAGGAGCGUGCCGCCCCGCCCCCUGGACGCCAGCUGCAGCACGAGGUUGCCUUCCCACGCGCUGGGCCUCCUUGCCAUCCCCUUACUCCUCCUACCCGGAACCCAGCAAAGCCCUCCGAGGCGUAGGCUUUUGGCCUGGGCGAGGACGCCACCUCUGUGUCUACCCUGUCCCGCGUGUGCUGACGCGCAGUUCUAGCGCGGGGCCAGACAGCCCUACUUCCCACGGGUCUCGUUCUUGGCUAUCGCGGGCCCGAACCUCGUCGAGGCCUCCAGGACUCUUGCCCUGUUUUCCUGCUCUUCAAGCUUGCUUUAAGAAUUGUCCUCUGUUUGGAGCGCCUGGCUGUACAGACAGGGAGUGCGGGAAAAUUGAAGCGCUGGAGCCUGGGUCCUGGGAGCCAAACCGGACCAAGGCGUGUGGCCACACAUUAGGACUGGGAAUCUGGUGCAGGAGUCCUUGGGCUCCUUUUAAAACUUAGAGUAUCCGAGGGUCCAAACAUUCGUCCAGCGGCUGUCCACCAUGCCGCGCUCAUUCCUGGUCAAGAGCAAGAAGGCGCACAGCUACCACCAGCCGCGUUCUCCGGGGCCGGACUACUCCCUGCGCCUGGAGACUGUGCCUGCACCGGGCAGAGCAGACGGCGGCGCUGUGAGUUCAGGCGAGUCGAAAAUGGAGCCCCGAGAGCGUUUGUCCCCCGACUCUCAGCUUCUCGAGGCUCCCGACAGGGCCUCCGUGUCCCCCAACAGCUGCGAGGGCAGCAUUUGUGACCCCUGCUCCGAGUUCGAGGACUUUUGGAGGCCCCCUUCUCCCUCCGUGUCUCCAGCGUCGGAGAAGUCGCUGUGCCGCUCUCUGGACGAAGCCCAGCCCUACACACUGCCGUUCAAGCCCUAUGCGUGGAGCGGCCUUGCGGGGUCUGACCUGCGGCACCUGGUACAGAGCUAUCGGCAGUGCAGCGCGCUGGAGCGCAGCGCGGGCCUGAGCCUCUUCUGCGAGCGCGGCGCGGAACCCGGCCGCCCAGCCGCGCGCUACGGCCCUGAGCAGGCUGCGGGCGGAGCCGGUGCGGGACAGCCAGGGAGCUGCGGAGCCGCCGGGGGCGCCACCAGCGCUGCAGGCCUGGGGCUCUAUGGCGACUUCGCGCCUGCGGCGGCCGGGCUGUACGAACGGCCGAGCACAACAGCAGGCCGGCUGUACCAAGAUCGUGGCCACGAGCUGCACGCAGACAAGAGCGUGGGCGUCAAGGUGGAGUCGGAGCUGCUUUGCACCCGCCUGCUGCUGGGUGGCGGCUCCUACAAAUGCAUCAAAUGUAGCAAGGUAUUCUCCACACCGCACGGGUUGGAGGUGCACGUGCGCCGGUCCCACAGCGGCACGAGACCCUUUGCGUGCGAGAUGUGCGGCAAGACCUUUGGGCACGCGGUGAGCCUGGAGCAACACAAGGCUGUGCACUCGCAGGAACGCAGCUUUGACUGUAAGAUCUGUGGCAAGAGCUUCAAGAGGUCAUCCACACUGUCCACACAUCUGCUCAUUCAUUCGGACACCCGGCCCUAUCCCUGUCAGUACUGUGGCAAAAGGUUCCACCAGAAGUCAGAUAUGAAGAAACACACCUUCAUCCACACAGGUGAGAAGCCCCACAAAUGCCAGGUGUGUGGCAAAGCCUUCAGUCAGAGCUCCAACCUCAUCACUCAUAGCAGAAAGCACACAGGUUUCAAGCCCUUUGGCUGUGACCUGUGUGGGAAGGGCUUCCAGAGGAAGGUGGACCUCAGGAGGCACCGAGAGACUCAGCAUGGACUCAAAUGAGUACUCUGGCAGUCCGCAACACCAGCUGUAUAACACUACUGUGAGGGAUGUCUUCCCUGCGCCUCCCUCCAGCCCCCUCUCAGGCCCCGAGUCCAGUGUGCAAAGCUCAUCAUGGUUAUUCCCCUUCACCUUCCUUCCUGGAGCUGCUGGAGGAGAUGAACUCCCAUUUCUAAGGUCAACUCAGAGUGGGAACCGCAGCAGCAGUCCUCUGUGCUCUGGGCUUCCCUACAGCUGAAGAUGGGGAUCAAAUGAGAUCUCGCACCUCCCAGUUCUUCCCUUUUCUGCCAUCUCACAGGCCAGAAAGAACUCUGGGCAGCUGCUAAAAGAUGAUUAAGCUUUGAACUCCACCGAUGCUUUGAGAACGAAUGAACAUUAAUUUUCUCUUCUGGGGAGACUGCUGACUCCUUUGUCCUCCACCAGACUCCGGUUUAGGGAAGGAACCUCAUUCCUUUGAAACCAUCAGAUGCACCAUCAAGCCUGCCACAAGAAGAAGUGGACCUGGUGAUGAGAAGGAGUCAGGUCCCGUGGUGCCAUCAGAGGGGGUGCAACUGUGGAGCAGCUCCCGGGAACAGGGUCUUCAUUUACUCAGUGAUUAUUGGCCACAGGUUACCAGAGUAAGGAACUGUGCUAGAUAUGGGAGAGCCAGAGAUUAAAGUCAGAGCCUCUAAACCCCAAAAGCUAUCAGUUGGACUUCAACAUAGCUGGAGCCUGUGUUCUGUGCCUCCAAGGGAGUUCUGAAGAAGGUCACACAAACAUUUGGACUUCUUUUUGACACUUAAGGAGUUUUUCAAGUGUAAACAAAUAGGAACUGGAAGAUUAUUUCUAAAAUUCAUGAGUAAAUCCAGUUUUUAUUGUUAGGUGGAACUUUAUUAGAUGCCCGCGCUGGUAGAUGUGGGGUGAAGGCGAUGGCCUCAGCUCCUGCCCUUAUCAUCUAGGAACCACUUAUUUCUUCCUGUGAGGGUUGUAGAUGUUCCUAAAUCUUCUUGAGUGCAUUAUGUAUUAGCAUAAUCAUAUUUAUUAGAAUGCUGUUUUAAGUUAAUAAAGUAUUAAGAUUAUU